ACCAGAGCAAGGGCUUGCAACACCAAAGUUGUGGGUUCUAUUAGAAUGAAACACAAUGCUAAACAAAACAUACACUGAGAAGACAUAGUAAGUAUCCAACAAAUAAAUAACUGUAUUAUUCACAAAUGUUCAAUGUUUUUUAUUUGAAAAAAGUAAUAUUUUUAUUCAGCAAGGAUGGAUUAAAUUGAUCUAAUGUAACCGUAAAGUAUUUUACAUUGCUUCAAAAAAAAAAAUAUAUAUAUAUAUAAAUAUAUAAACUUAUAUUGUUUUUCUAUUCAGCAGAGAAUACUGAAAAAGUACCACAGUUUACAUAAAAAUAAUACAGUUUUAAAAUAAACAUAAUAAAACACAGUCGUUUUCAGCUGUGAGAAUAUGAAAUGAUACUUGAGCCUGAGAAAAGUUAUUACAAUAUUACUGUUUUACUUUAUUUGCUGAAAAAAAACAGCUAACACCAGCCUAAGCUGGUUUGACAUGGACGCAGCUGGUUUUAGCUGGUCUCCCAGCUUAGCUAAGCUGGUCAAGCUGGUUUCCCAGUCUGACCAGCUAAGACCAGCCUGACCAGCUAAACAAGUGGUUAAAACCCCUCAAAAACCAGCCUGCUGACCAGCUAUGAACAGACUUGGAGACCAGCUUAGGCUGGUGUUAGCUGGUUUUAGCUGGUUGGCUACCUGAUCUCUCAGCCUGACCAGCCAAAGAAGAGGUCAAAACCCCUCAAAAACCAGCCUGCUGAUCAGCUAAGACCAGGGUGGAUGACCAGCUAAAAACAGCCAACCAGCUUAGGCUGGUUUUAGCUGGUUAAAUAAAAGCAGCUUUGGUGAACCUGCUGGAAAAAAAACCAGCUAAAACUAGCCUAAGAUGGUUGGCUGGUUUAAGCUGGCAGUAGCUGGUUUUAGCUGGUCUCUUAGCCUGGCCAAGCUGGUUUUAGCUGGUUGGACACCUGGUCUCCCAGCCUGACCAGCUAAGCAAGUGGUCAAAACCCAUCUAAAACCAGCCUGUUGACCAGCUAUGACUGGGACACCAGCUAAACCCAGCCUGGCGUUCGCUGUCUUUUUUCAUCAGGGGAGUGACUUUUCAAUGUAGUCUAUAUUGCAUUAUUAAUCUGCAGUGCUUUGACGAUGCUGUACAUCAAGCUAAUAAAUCUUCAUUGUAUUGAAACUGAGCAGGAAAGUAAAAAAGAAGUAAAGUCACACUAUCAAGCUCAACAGGUGUGCAGUUCCAUCACUAUCCUGCGGGAGUCGCUGUUGAGCGCUGUGUUUGUGCUCGUCUCCUCCUCUUCCUCCUGCAGGGCCUUUCAAAAUCUCCCUGACCGCCCCAUUAUAACAGACAAUGUAGCACACUGACCCGAGCACUCAGCAGAAAGACAUCACAUUCACAGCUUUAGCUCCGGCAUUGGACCCAAACACACACAGAACGGUUCAGUUUGAGCGAGAGCUCCGGAUCAAACUAACGUUAAUGGACUUAUAGCUGAAUAACGGAAAGAGAGCGCAUCUGUGAUACCGCCGGGAAAGGCUGAUGGAUGGAGCGAGGGACCAGUAUGAGGAACGAUUGAAAGAGGUGUUUGAGAGUUUCGAUGGCAGUGGUUUGGGCUCUUUGAGUACUGAAGAACUGACCGAUCUUUGCCGGGCCCUUCAGCUGGAGGAGAACGCACUGAACACACUCAUACACACACUGCUGGAGGACCAGAUCAGUGCACGGGUUGAUUUUGAACAGUUUAAGGAUGCGCUUAUCCUUGUGUUGUCAAGCGCGAACACAAAUGAUCCAGAAGAAUGUCUUGAACAACCAGAUUCCCCAGAAGUCCAGCCACGCUUCGUGAAGGGCAGUAAGCGCUAUGGUCGCCGCUCUGCUCCGGAGUUCAUUCACACGCACGCCGAUUCACACACACAGGCUGAAGAUGAGGAGGAGAAAGAUGAAGAUGCUCAAGAGAGCGAUGACAGGACUGUACCCAGGAAACGUGAGCGCUGGAAUGCUGACAUAAGCAUUUCUGAGGAGUUUGAAGCAGAAGGUCAGUUGCAUCUAUGGAACCCAGAUGAACCCAGCACACCACGUAGCAAUGCAGUGCCACUCUGUGACAUGGAGGAGCGUUUGCAUAAUGCUUGCCAUCAGCUGUCUCUACCCAUAAACGGCACGGCCACACUGCAACAGCUACACACGCUCUGCCAGCACAUAGGCAUUGAGGUGGGUGAGGAUCUGUUGCAGUGUGCUGAUGACAGUGCAAUGGAUGUGCAGGAGUUCAUCUCAUGCAUAAUAAACCACAGCAAACCACCCACACCCUCAGCAUCUACACCUUACAGACAAUUAAAGAGACUCCAUUCCACUCAGUUUGAUGAGUCGGGUCGUAGAAUCUCGUGUGCUUUGAGCAGUACAAUCGGUCUGCGGGUGUUUUCGGAUUUGGAUGAUGGAUCGGGACACGCUCCUGUUGAAACUCUGCUUUACAGGUGGAUGGAAGAGGGAGUGGACAAUAGCUCAGAGAUCUUACAGGCUAUGGAUUUUAAUCUGGAAGGUAAAGUGAAUCUGUCUGAGCUGACCGUUGCUCUUGAGAAUGAGCUGCUGAGCACUAAGAAUUCAAUCCACCAGGCGGCGCUAGUGAGCUUUAAGGCAGAAAUCAGACAUCUGCUUGAGUGCGUUGACCUGGAAAGGCGUGAGAAGGAGAGAAUUCGGUUUGAUCUGGACAAAGCAGAGAAACUGAAAUCUCAGCUGGCAUCUGAAGUUGAUGACCACCAUGCUGCUAUUGAGCGCAAUAAUGAACUCAACCUCCGGAAGUUGGAGCAGGAAUAUAAAGAGAGUAUGACCGCUCUGAGGGCAGAGCUUAGUAGAGAGGUGGAGCUUGUGCAGCAGCAGGCCAGUCAGCAACGAGAAGAGCUUGAACAGGAAAUUGGCAAGAUGAGAGAAGAUGAAACCUUCCUACGAGAACAUCUAUCUCUCACCAUUAAAGAAAAUGGUCGUCUGGAGUCAGAGCUUAUUGAGACCACAGAGAAACUGGUGGAGGCAGAAAGCCAGCUGAACAAAGUGCAAAAAAAUCUUGACGGUGUUUUGAAAGAGAAGUUUGGUGAUUUGGAUCCAGACAGCGCCGAGUUUUACCAGCAGGAGGAGCGUCUGAGACAGCUGCGCAGAAACUACGAGGAGCAGUGCAGGGCAUUGCAGGAUCAUAUAGAUGAGCUGGAAGCUCAGCUGGAGGAAUAUAAGACUUCAGGCCACACGCCCUCAAUACGUCCUGGACUGAGUCUGUCUGAUGAACUGGCCAGAAAAAGUCCAGGCCCAGGUUCUCUGGAGCAGCAGCAAUUAAACAUGAGUCUAGAGACUGAGAUGUUACUGGAGCAGCACCAGCGAGAGAUAGAAAAGAUCAGGGCAAUGUUGUAUGAAGAAAAGCGCAGUGCCGAGGAGGAGAGGAGUCAUCUCUCCCUGCAGCACCAACAGGAGGUCCAGGUUUUGAGGGAGGAACUGGCAAGAGAACAAGAGAGAGCGAACAGAUUGGAACAGGAAAUUUCUGCCCUCAAAACUCUCCACCAGCAGGAGCUUCACUCUCUCACGCAGGAGGCGCAGGGCGCUAGAAGCCACGUAGAACAGCUAGAAGCAAAGCUACAGGUUCUGGAGGAAAAACAGACUGCCUAUGAGGAGCAGAUCAGAGCGCAUGCUGAGGAGAUGAGUCUGAUGGAAUCUAAGCGCCAGGAGGUGCUGCAGGAGCAGAGAGAGAGACUGCAAGUAGAAAAGGAAAAUGAGGAGAAUAGGCUCAAGAAGCAGUGGAAAGAAGAGCAAAAGAGCUAUGAGGAGUUGCUAAGUGCUCAGCUUGAGGAGAUGCAGCAAAAAACAGAACAGGAGUGUGUUGAGCUAGAACAGAGGCUCAGGGAGGAAUGGGAGCAGGAGAGGCAGGAGUUAGAGGAGAGCAGUAAGGAGGCAUUGCAAGCUGUGCUGGAGGAAAGAGAGCGGAGGCUCAAGGAGGAGUGGGAGCGGGAGAGGCAGGAGCUAGAGGAGAUCAGUAAGGAGACACUACAGGCUGUGCUGGAGGAGAAGUUGGAGAGGGAGAGGAGGCUCAGGCAACAGUGGGAUGAGGAGCGGUCUUCAUUAGAGAACAAACAUCACGCUCUGCUCCUACAGCGUUUGCAGGAGGAGAGGGAACACCUCCGAUCACAGCAGGAGGAGACUGAGAGCAUUAUAAUCGAGCACUGGGGAAGAGAGAGGGCUCAGCUGGAGAAACAGCAUGAGGAGGCACUGCAGGCUUGUUUGGAGCAGGAGAGGAAGAGACUGCAAGUAGAGAGAGAGGAGCAGGAGAGGAGGUGGCAGCAGGUCCUGAAUGAAGAGCAGAGCCGAAUGGAGGAGGCGCACAGGGAGGCCAUGCAGGAGCUGAGUGCCAAACACAGCCAGGAGAGAGAAAGACUCAGCAGUCUUUUGGAAAAACUACGCUCCGAUAUUGCAGAACAGAGGAAUGAAGUUUGUCGUCUGGCUAAAGAGAACAUCAUUCUGAGACACAAGAUCUCGACAGUAAGGGAGGAGGACUUGAGAGAGAACCAGGAUGACCUGCGAUUACAUCACAUCAAGCAAGGGAAGAGAUCGGUACAAGCUCUUAGGAGACAGCUCUCUGAGCCUCGCCGUCUGGGACAGCAGCUAGAGGAGGAGAACUUUUUAAUACAGCAGAAUGCAGAUCAAGUACUUCGACAUGCACUCCAGGAAGUGAUACGUCAACAUGACAGCUCAGCCAGUGAGAAGAAUGGGUAUUGUGAUCGGGAGGAGAUUGUUUCCAGGACAGAAAAGGAAUUGCUUAGAUCGGAACUUAAUCGGUGCAUAGAAAAGGUCAUGUCACUGGAUUCAUCUUUACAGGCGGUCACUCAGCAAAACGCUCGUCUCAAAUCUGACCUACGCAUCACACAGCAAGAAAGAGAUGCCCUUAAACAGGAAGUGAUUUCUUUGCAUAAACAAUUACAAGCUGCCAAUGAGAAGUUGUUGGAGGUUUCCGUUGUGUCUGCUGGUCAGCAACAGGGCAGGCGAGUGUGGGCGGAGCUUUCCGAGCUGAUGGAGGCGGAGCACGCCUCUCUUACAGAGGAGAACCAGCAACUCAAGCGACAGAUGAGUGAGAUGAGCUCAGAGCUGCAGUCUUCAAAGGAGCAGAUCCGCCAUCUGGAGGCAUUAAGUGUGAAACAGAGAGGACUUGUAAAAACUGCAGAUCAAGAAAAAUCAGCUUUAAAACGUGAAAUGGAGGCUUUGCACACACAGCUGCUGUCAACACGGAACAAGGCUCAGCUGGCUGCAGUCUUGCCUUCGUCUCCUCUACAGUUGCCUGGGGAACAGAGAGGACAGCUCCAUAGCGACGGCCCAGACUUUAAUAUGCAGCAGGAUGAGCGAGAGGUGGCGCUGUUACAGAUGGAGGAGAGAAUGAGAGAAGUGGAGCUCACGCUCAGAAACCUCAAACUUCUCCUGCAAGAGAAAGUCUCUCAGCUGAAAGAACAGUUGAUCAGGAACAGCGAAUCGGAUGUGUUGAUCAAAGACCUGUACGUGGAGAACGCUCAGCUGCUCAAAGCCCUGGAGAAGACAGAACAGCGUCAGAAAGUAGCAGAAAAAAAGAACUUCCUCCUGGAGGAGAAAAUUUCCAGCCUCAACAAGAUCGUCCGUGACCUCGGCCCUUCCCCAUUAACUCCAGCUCCCUACCACUUCACACGCUCCUGAUGUAAAACUGUAUUUUAGCCAUUUAAGCCAUUAAAGUAUGAGUUUCUUAUGAGAAACAUGUUAGCAGAAUGUCCGAGCUGCUCUUUAUACAAAGUCAAGCACUAAAAAGGACAAGAAAUACAAGUAGUCCAUGUGACUUGUGCACUAUGAAGCCAUAAGAAAGCUUUGCAUAAUGAAGACUGAAAUUAAGUUUCUAUUUACUGAAAAUCUCCUCGUAAAUCCUAAAUCUCCUUCCCAUUCAUUUCCUUUAACCUUUCUUUUGAUUAAGCCAUACUGUAAUAUUACUGGUCAGUCUGGACCUCAAACUGUAAUUGGAAGGUGGUCUUGAGGAAUGGUGAAAUUCCUUAGACCUAGAGAAGCUUGUCCAACAGCUGAGGCCCCCGUGUCCACACACACACACAUGCAGCCGCCUAUCAUUACAUAGUUUCAGUGAAAUGCAAACAUGGUCAGUGAUUCCCUGCAUCUCAGAGAAGGAAAUUAAAGGGCAAAUGCCAUAGUGUUUCAUCACUGUUUAUUCCUGUUUGUCAUAGUGCGUUUUAUGUCUUUGCGCUUGUUUAGUUAAUAUAAACCUUGAGAAUGUGCACCAAAAAGCAUCCCUUAAUGUUACUUUAGUUUGUAUUUAUUUCAUGUACCUAUUUUUCAUUUACGAACUGUAAUCAUGUAUUAUGAGCACUGUGAAUAUGAAUAAUAGGGAGUUUAUUAAAGUAUUUAUGUGGAGUAAAAGAAACCCAGAGCUUGGAGAUGUCAGCCUCGUGGAAACCACUGUAUAAUUUGUGUGUGGAGAGGAAAAUUGCUGGUUAUGAUGUUUCAUUUCAGGCGUCUCUCAACGAGGGCCGUUUACAAGCUUUGAUGCUCUGAGGAAAAAAUGCACAGAGAAUUACAGGCAUUUGACAUUUUGAAAUUGCUUUGAAAUAUGUGUCCUUAUGUUUUUAGUAUUGUAACAGCCUUAGGUGAAGUGUAAGAUAUGCUUUACCACUAUUUGUUAUGAAAAUGACAUUAACUUACCAUUUAAGUGUUAAUUGUAUAACACUUGAAUGUAAAAACACAAAAAACGUUUUCUUUUUUGUAAAAAUAAAAUAAAAAAAUAGUUUUAGCAAA